UGCCGCUUCCCCUGAGCGAACCUUUAGAACUCUGAGACAGACAAUAUUCUGUUACAUUGUAGCAAAAUGGCGACUGUCAUUCACAACCCCCUGAAAGCGCUUGGGGACCAGUUCUACAAGGAAGCCAUUGAGCAUUGCCGGAGCUACAACUCACGGCUGUGUGCAGAGCGGAGUGUGCGUCUCCCCUUCCUGGACUCGCAGACUGGGGUGGCCCAAAACAAUUGCUACAUCUGGAUGGAGAAGAGGCACCGAGGCCCAGGCCUUGCUCCGGGCCAGCUGUACACGUACCCUGCCCGCUGCUGGCGCAAGAAGCGACGAUUGCACCCGCCAGAGGACCCGAAGCUGCGGCUCCUGGAAAUAAAACCUGAAGUAGAGCUGCCCCUGAAGAAAGAUGGCUUCACCUCUGAGAGCACCACACUGGAAGCCCUGCUUCGUGGUGAGGGAGUGGAGAAGAAGGUGGAUGCCAGAGAGGAGGAAAGCAUCCAGGAAAUACAGAGGGUUUUGGAAAAUGAUGAAAAUGUAGAAGAAGGGAAUGAAGAGGAGGAUUUGGAAGAGGACAUUCCCAAGCGCAAGAACAGGACCAGAGGACGGGCUCGUGGCUCUGCAGGCGGCAGGAGGAGACAUGAUGCUGCUUCUCAGGAAGACCACGACAAACCCUACGUGUGUGACAUCUGUGGCAAACGCUACAAGAACAGGCCGGGACUCAGCUACCACUAUGCUCACACUCAUCUGGCCAGCGAGGAGGGAGAUGAAGCCCAAGACCAGGACACCCGGUCCCCGCCUAAUCACAGAAAUGAGAACCACAGACCCCAGAAAGGACCGGAUGGGACAGUCAUUCCCAAUAACUACUGUGACUUCUGCUUGGGAGGCUCAAACAUGAACAAGAAGAGUGGGAGACCUGAGGAGCUGGUGUCCUGUGCAGACUGUGGACGCUCUGCUCAUUUGGGAGGAGAAGGCAGGAAGGAGAAGGAGGCAGCGGCGGCAGCACGUACCACGGAGGACUUAUUCGGUUCCACGUCAGAAAGUGACACCUCAACUUUCUACGGCUUUGAUGAGGACGAUUUGGAAGAGCCUCGCUCCUGUCGAGGACGCCGCAGUGGCCGGGGUUCGCCCACAGCAGAUAAAAAGGGCAGCUGCUGAGCCCAUGGGACAGACUGUCUGGCCAAUUAGCCACCCCCUCUGACUCUGGUCAUUGUUCUAGUUCUGACAUAUAUUUUUAAAUGAAAGACAGCUUGGGCUUUUCCCAUUAUCCUUGCUUUUUCCUCCUACCUUCCAUGUGCCCCGUCCCCUCCUAACAUCCUUCUAUUCUGGGUACAACAGAAGCACAAACUACUGAAAACAACACAACAAAGGAGCAGAAUAAGAGUCCUCUGGGUAGAGGUGGCACCAUAGUGGGCUAUUUAUUUUCCCUAGAAAUAGGAAGUUAGGUGGAUUUUCUUUCUGCUGGGGGAGGGCAUCUUUUUGAUGUGAGCAGAGUUGAUUUCCCCAUU